UGUUUUACAAUGCAACGCUAAUAAAUGUUACCAACACCAAGGGAAAACAGUUAGCAAAUUUACAGAGGAGGCGAACAAUUCAUAAAAGGAAACGAUUUACAAGUUAGGAAGGCACAAAAGACAAAGGAUUACAAUUUGGAAGCCAUGUAUAAAUGUUAUUAAUUUACAUCAAAGAUAACCCAUAUAUCAAAAUUCCUAAGAGAGCUUAUCAAAUUGCAAUAGUAAUAAAUCUAGUUCCAAAAAUUCAAUUGGCUUUGAUUAGUAACUCAAUUAUAUGGAAGAGUAAUAAUGGAAAUCUUCUCACUAUCACACAAAUACUGCACCAGUCCAUUUGUAUUAAAAUAUUAGCGAGAAUGAUGCAGCCUUUUUGAUAAAGGAUUAGGAUACAGGUAGCUAAAAUUUUAGAUCAUAGGGAAUGUUUAUGAUAUUAGAAAUGCUGAGAAAAUCCCAGUUAACAGAGAGUACAUGACAAAAUUGAAGAAGAGACACAAAUCAGCAUGGUAAGGCUGGUGGUAAUAGAAAAAAGAGAACAAUUAAAGUUUAUUAAAUUAUGUUAAAUCAAAUAAUAUAAAAGAAGUAGAGAAACUUUUAGAAAUUGCAUCCAAGGAUUUGAAGCCUGAAAUUAACAUAAGAGAUGACUCUGGUAUUAAAUAUCAUUAAAUUUAAAGGAUUGAUCCCAUUACAUUACAGUUGCAUGAAUCAGAAUUACGAAUUAGCAUUAUUACUUUUAAAAAAUGAGGCUGAUUGUGACUUAACAAACUCCUAAGGAUAAACGGCAUUAAGUAUUUGCGCUUAAAAAGGAUGUGAAUAUAUCCUCUCAUUAUUAUUGACAAUAGGUGCUGAUAUUAACCACAUCGAUAAUCUUUAAAAUACUCCGUUGCAUUAUGCUUGCUAUUUUUGUAAAUUACUCAUUUAAACUUAGAACACAAGAGAGUUACUGAGAUUUUAUUGGCUAGACCUUCAAUAAUGAUAAAUAUUAGAAAUCUAGAUGGCAAGACGCCUUAUGAUUUAGUCCAACAUUGUCCAAUUCUCAAAACACUGUUUGAUAAACACUUGAAGGUAGUGAAUCAACUUAAUUAAGAUGAAAUAAGAUUCUUUUAACUAAUGUUAAAGAGUUAGAAUCUUUGAAGAGACUACUGAAAGAGUAAUCACUUCUCCUAAUAGCAAAUAAUAAACUAAUGCUUAUCAAAUGUUAAGUCGCUGUUAGUCUCCUUAAAAAAUAGAAUAUAUGAAUUCACAUUCAAAUAGAUCAACAGCAUACAUACAUCCUGCAUAAGAUUAUACUGAAGUAAUUGGACCAUCUUCAAUUAGAAUAAUAUUACAAAUAGGUAAAGGUUCAUUUGGGGAUGUUUAUUUGGUUGAAAAGAGAAUCACUGGUAGACCUAAUCAAGGACCAAAAUUAGCUAUGAAGGUUUUGCCAAAGAACAAAUUCCUUGGAUAAAAUUUAUUAAGAUAUGCAUUAACCGAAAGGAAUAUUCUGUCUUAUUUAAAUCAUCCAUUUAUUGUUAAAUUAAGAUAUGCAUUUUAAACUAAUACUCAUUUAUGUUUACUAAUGGACUUUUGUCCUGGUGGUGAUCUGUCUAAAUUAAUUCAAAGACAAUAAAGAUUGUCAGAAUAGUAAGCCAAAUUGUACUUUGCUGAAAUAUUGACUGCUUUAGAACAUUUACAUUCUAACGACAUAAUCUACAGAGAUUUGAAACCUGAGAAUAUUGUUAUUGAUUAAUUUGGACAUGCAAUGCUAACUGAUUUUGGAUUAUCUAAAGAAGGGAUACAUGACAAUUAUGGAGCCAAGAGCUUUUGCGGCUCUAUGGCAUAUCUAGCACCAGAAAUGCUUAAAAGAGUAGGUCAUGGAAGGGCUGUCGAUUGGUAUCAUAUGGGUAUUCAAUUAAAUUUAUUAUAAGGGAUCUUAUUAUAUGAAAUGAUUACUGGUCGACCACCAUAUUUCUCAGCCAAUAGAGAUGAAAUGAUGAACAAUAUUGAAUAGAAUAAUAUUCAAUUUCCAGAUACAAUUACCAAAGAAUGCAAAUCUAUUAUUUAAUCUCUAUUGAUCAAAAAUCCUAUGUAGAGAUUAGGUGCCUCAUAAAGAGAUGCUGAUGAAAUUAAGGAUCAUCCCUUUUUAAAAUAAAUAAACUGGAAGGAUUUAUUGAAUAGGUACUCUUUAUGUAUUAACUUAGAAAAUACAAACCACCAAUCCCAGUGAUAAAUGAAGAAAUACUUAAUUAAAAAUUUGAUAUACCUUUUGAUUUUAUACUUUCUGCAGAUAAAUCGAGUGCAAUAAAUUACAUUAAUGGGUGGUCAUUUGUUAAUAAUGAUUUUGUGCAGUUUUGA